ACAGCCUACGGAUGCGGCCAGCCGGCCGUGCCGCCACAGCUGGGCGCCCGCGUGGUGGGCGGUGAAGACGCCGUAGCCCACAGCUGGCCAUGGCAGAUCUCGCUGCAGUACAGCCGCUCUGGAUCCUGGUACCACACCUGCGGUGGGACCCUCAUUGCCCCCCAGUGGGUGCUGACAGCUGCCCACUGCAUCAGCUCUUCCAUGACCUACCGUGUGGUGCUGGGCAAGCAGGACCUGGCAGAGGAUGACGAGCCCGGUUCUGUGGCCGUGGGUGUGGAGAAGAUGAUCGUCCAUGAGAAAUGGAACUCCUUCCUCAUCAUCAACGACAUUGCCCUGAUCAAGCUGGCAGAGGAGGUGCAGGAGAGCGACACCGUCCGCGCCUCCUGCCUGCCGGACGCCGGCAAGAUCCUGCCCAACGAUUACCCCUGCUACGUCACCGGCUGGGGACGCAUCAGGACCAACGGGCCCCUGGCUGACAUCCUGCAGCAGGCUCUGCUGCCCGUGGUGGACUACGAGACGUGCUCCAAGAGGGACUGGUGGGGCAGCCUGGUGCUCGAGACCAUGGUGUGCGCCGGCGGCGACGGCGUCGUCUCCGGGUGCAACGGCGAUUCCGGCGGCCCCCUGAACUGCCAGCGCGAGGAUGGCGUCUGGGAGGUGGAAGGCAUCGUCAGCUUCGGCUCCGGCCUGGGCUGCAACGUGGCCAAGAAGCCGACAGUCUUCACCCGGGUGUCUGCCUACAUCGACUGGAUCAACGAGAAAAUGAGCACAAACUGAGGAACCGGCACGUGGCGAUACCGCUGUCGACCAAGAUAAAACCAAAAAUGCUGAGCUGGUCUCGCUGGUGGUGUUUUUUUUGGAG